CGAAAAAAUAAAUUCCCUAAAGUAUGGCUUUGGAACUAAAUUGUAAUUUUUUCGAAUUUUAAUAAUGUAAUAUUUUGAUAAAUUAAUUAAAUAUGUAUAGCUACCUUACUUUUUAUUAUUUCUCUUUCUUGACUGGAAGUAUUGCGAUUAUUAAAGCAACUCACCUUUCUUCUACGGAUAUGGAUCAAUGCCUAGAUGUUUGUUCCGACAGUUUUUUCCUUUUACCUUUAGAGGAAGGCUCACAGAGUAAGUGUCAACGAGGUUGCCGAUUCUUGAACAUUAUAAACCUUACGGCAAAAAGAAAUCUCACCGAUACUCUUGGCGAAUGUCACGAUUCUUGUUAUCAAUCAUACGAAACGUUAACGUCAAAGAAAUCGUGUGUUGUUGGUUGUGACGCUACCAAAAUAAAAAAACAAAGCAAUCGCAAUACGUUUCCGUUUUUACAACAAUACAGCGCAAACGAACAAGGUCUCGAUUCGUUAGAAAAUGAUUUUUUCUUAGACCCGUUAAUUCGACAACAAGUUGAGAAUGGCUUCAGCAUAAAAUACAAGAUACCCGAAGCCUACAUUAAAACACUACCUGUUAAUGAACAUUUUGAUUUAGUUAUUGAAACAUCUUUAGAUCCUAAUGACAAGGUGGUCUGCUCGUCGCUGGUUCCGUUUCUUAUUUUCAGUGCAGUCUUAAUGGUAUUCUUGUUGUGUAUUGUGAAAAUUGCACAAUCAAUUCAAGUGAUUGAGACUCAUGUUCAACUAGUUACAUAUCCGAACUUAGAGGUUGUUGACAAGGCAGCUGAUCCACUCAUUAAGCAGAUCUGAUUAUCUGUAUUAUUGAUAUUAAUUCCUACAAUUAUGAUCUCAAGAAUUUAUUGGGUUCAUUUUAGAAACCAUCAUAUGGGACAUUUUAAACAUGUAUAGCUAUUACGUACUUCAAUUCCACAUUUUACAAUGAUUUAAUUCGGUGCACAAUAAUUAUUAUGUCUUGUAA